CCUCUGCCGCUCGCUCGCAAAGAUGAUGGGGAAUGAUGCUUUUUCUUCUUUCGUAUUCUUUGGCACCCUUUUAGUCCUGAAGAUGUACGCUGUGGCCAUCAUUACCGGACAAGUCAGACUUCGUAAAAAGGCGUUUGCCAACCCCGAGGACGCGAUGAGGCAUGGCGGACUCCAGUUCCACAGGGAAGACCCUGACGUGGAGCGCUGCCUCAGGGCUCAUCGAAAUGACAUGGAGAACAUCUACCCGUUCCUCUUCCUCGGAGCAGCCUACUCCCUCCUGGAGCCCAACCUGACUGUGGCCCGGAUACACUUCCUGGUCUUCUUCUCCGGCCGGAUGGUCCACACCGCUGCCUACCUGCUGAAGCUGAGGGCCCCCACGCGGUCCGUGGCCUACAGCGUGGCCCAGCUCCCCUGCGUCUCCAUGGCCCUGCAGAUCCUGCUUGCACUGCUUUUCACAGACUAGCCACUGCGCCUCGGCCACCCGGCAGCGACUGGGCAGUGACCGAGGCUGGAAGGAGAGGCGCGAUCUUUGUCCCUGGCCAGGGCGCAAGCCCGGGGCGCUUCUUGCUGCCGUGUUGGCUCUCUGAUCCCCCCCCGCCUCCUCCGCCUGGGGGAGCCCUGGGAUUCUCCUUCGCCCGGAUCGCACUCCUUGGAAGGCUGCCUCCCUCCCUCUGGGCGCGUGUUCGGUGGGGCCGGACGUUGGAGGAUGCACUGGAAGCACAGCCCCAUCCGUGCUCAAUAAAACGGUCCC